AUGCACACAGCUGUCAGACGCGUGUCUGCCUCCAAAUCCUCCAAGAAAUCCAGCACUCAGACAACUAUCAGCAGGUUCUUCACUAAUGCAAGCGAUCGGGCUCAACCAACUGAGCAGAUUAACUGUCAAGACCGACGCCAUGAGGGCAGAGGGAAGAAGAGGUUGUCUGAUGGAGGAGCAUCCACAGAUAAACGAGCCAAACUCUCGGUCAGCGUGGAGCAGGAGAGGGAUGAGGAGCUCACAGUGACCCCCAGCACCUUAGGUAAGACGGUGUCCUCUAAAGUCAGUAUCAGCCAUGCCACCCUGACCAGACUUAAAGACUUCAGCUGCCCAGGGAGCUCAGAUUCAGUGAUGGAGUUGGAGCCUUCACAUUCGGGAAAAGCUGAAAUUUCUGCCUCACAGCAACAUAAUGUUAUUAUGCAUAACGAAAUGGUUGAAGAGUUCAAAGAAGAGCCCAUUAAGGUUAAACAGGAGUUCUCCUUUAGUCAGUACGCUAAGAAUACUGGAAACAGGAAAAGUUUAGAAGAGCCUUCUGUUUCCAACAGGAGAACCAAGACCAUUUACACUCCUCUAGAAGAACAGUACAUGGAGAUAAAAAAGCAGCAUGUGGACACAGUGCUUUGCGUCGAGUGUGGGUAUAAAUACAGGUUCUUCGGCGAGGAUGCAGAGAUUGCUGCAAAGGAACUCAAUAUCACUUGUCAUCUGGACCAUAACUUCAUGACAGCCAGCAUCCCUACUCAUCGACUGUUUGUGCAUGUUCGUCGACUAGUUUCUCAGGGCUACAAGGUUGGUGUAGUGAAGCAGACCGAAACUACAGCCAUCAAAGCGUCCAGCGCUAACAAAAGUUCACUCUUUUCACGCCAGCUACAUGCGCUUUACACAAAGUCCACACUUGUGGGAGAAGAUGUGAAUCCUCUGCUAAAGCUGGGAGAUUUGGAGCAAGCUGAAGAUGUGGUGCAGGACAGUGGAAACAACUAUCUAAUGUGUGUGAGCGAGAGUUUUGACAAACAGAGCAAGGAGCUGACCGUAGGAAUGGUGGUGGUCCAGCCAAGCAUUGGGGAUGUGAUGGUGGAUUGUUUUAAAGAUAAUAUGAGCCAUUCAGAGCUGGAAUCCAGAAUACUGAGAAUACAACCUGUAGAGAUCCUGGUACCUUCAGAUCUGUCAGAGACCACCGAGAGGUUAUUACGCAACAUCGCUCUCUCCAGUGUCCAAGCAGAUGACAGAAUUCGCAUUGAGAAACGAGAAAGCGCCAUGUUUGAAUACCCAACUGCACUGAGCAUAAUCAAAGACUUCUACAGAGGCGGCCCUCAUUCAGCUGCAAGAAAUCAUGAAAAGGGUUCCUACUCUAUUUGCAUGGGUCUGGAGAGCCCAAUUAUCUGCUGUCUUGGUCCUGUGAUCCAAUAUCUGACUGAGUUUAAGUUAGAGAAGAUUUUACUGUGUUCCAGCUCGUUUAAGCGGCUAUCAAGUGAUCCUGACCAUAUGCUGCUCAGUGCUGCUACUAUGAAGAACCUGGAGAUUUUGUGCAACCAGACCACAGGUUCAGUAAAAGGCAGUCUGCUCUGGGUUCUGGAUCACACUCAGACUCUAUUUGGGAAGAGACUGUUGAGAAAGUGGGUGAGCCAGCCGCUCAAGUCUGUCAUUGAUAUUCAAGCUCGACAAGAGGCAGUUGCUGAAAUAUUGUCUUCUGAAUCCAGUGUCCUUCCCUCUAUCCAGUCUUUGCUAACUCGUCUACCCGACCUCGAGAGAGGACUUUGCAGUAUCUACCACAAGAGAGAAUUUUACCUCAUCAUUAGCUCUCUCUCUCGCCUGAAUGUUGAGCUUCAAGCCCUCAUGCCUGCCAUCCAAUCACAGCUCAGCUCUCCCCUUUUGAAGACCCUCCUGCUGGACACACCUCAGCUUUUAAGCCCCGCCCACAACUUCUUAAAAGUGCUGAAUGAGAAAGCGGCAAAGACAGGCAAUAAAACAGAAAUGUUUGUGGACCUGACUGACUUCCCAGUGAUCCGGAAAACAAAAGAGGAGAUUGAGAGUGUUUUGUUGGACAUAAUGGAGCACCGGCGAGAAGUUCGCCUGUUGUUAAAAAACCCAUCUUUGGACUACACCACAGUGUCUGGCCAACAGUUUCUCAUUGAGGUGAAGAACAGUAUGUUGUCCAUAGUUCCAGCAGACUGGGUGAAAAUCAGCAGCACUAAGGUUUUUGGCCGCUAUCACACUCCAUUCAUCGUGGAGAAGCACCGGCGCCUUCAGCAAUUACGCGAACAGCUGGUUAUUGACUGCAAUCACGAGUGGAUCAACUUUCUUCAGCUAUUUGGGGACCAUUACUACAUCCUGAGGAAAGCAGUGUGUCACCUAGCAACCAUGGACUGCCUCUUCUCCUUGGCCCAAGUUGCUAAAGAAAAUAAUUACUGCAGGCCAGAGGUUCUUGAGGAGAAAAGUCAGAUUUUGAUCACAGCAGGGAAGCAUCCUGUCAUCACUUCGCUGAUGGGAGAUCAGGAUCAGUAUGUCCCCAAUGACACUCACUUACAGGGGGACGGCAAGCGAGCCAUGAUCAUCACCGGGCCCAACAUGGGUGGCAAGAGCUCCUACAUUCGACAGGUUGCCCUGGUGACCAUCAUGGCACAGCUGGGCUCCUUUGUUCCUGCACGAGAGGCGUCAGUGGGCAUUGUGGAUGGUAUAUAUGUCAGAAUGGGAGCAUCUGACAACAUCUCCAGAGGCAGAAGCACCUUUAUGGAGGAGCUUCUGGAAACGUCAGAUGUUUUGGCUUGUGCCACAUCCCGUUCCCUGGUCAUCCUGGAUGAGUUGGGUCGAGGCACCAGCACUCACGACGGCAUUGCCAUUGCCUACGCCACGCUGGAGUCCUUCAUCAGAGAGGUGGGGUGUAUGACGCUGUUUGUGACCCACUACCCUCCUUUGUGCGAACUGGAGCAUUUGUACCCACAGCAUGUGGGGAAUUACCACAUGGCUUUCCUGCUCAAUGAGCCAGAGAGCACUUCUGAUGAGGAGGAGGCUCAGCCAGAGUUCAUCACAUUUCUCUAUCAGCUGAUUGAAGGCGCAGCCGCCAGGAGCUACGGGCUAAAUGUAGCGCGUCUGGCUGAAAUCCCAGAGUCCAUCCUGAGGACUGCUGCAUUCAAAUCCAAGGAGUUGGAGGCUCUCGUGAACAGCCGGAGGUACGUGGGCAGAUUGGUUACACAAUGGAAGAAGAACACUGUAGUAAUUUUGUAUUGUGGAGGAACUUCGUUCAGAACAAAUUUCUAA